AUGCCUCCUACUGCAUCAUCUGCUGCCAAGAAAGGAGCAUCCCUGAAGGCGCUGACGACGAGGUUAAAGGAUGUUCAGUCCUCGUUCAACGAUAUAUGGCAGUUUGUAGAGAACUGCACGGAAGAAACUACUAUCACCGACGCGGAAAUACGCCUGCAGAAACUCGACGAGCUGUGGGAAAGGUUUGGUGAUAUCCUAGUCGAGAUAAAAUGCCACGAUGAUUUUCCUGCCGAUGGUGAUGGUUACGAGAAGGAACGAAAGGAAUUUAGUGACUAUUACUACCGGGCAAAAUCGUUUCUCGUAGAUAGGGUCAAGGAGCGACAGGAAUAUUCGGUUUUGGAACAGUCCAUCCGUGUCGGAGAGACGUCGAUGCAUGGCACGUUGGAUCACGUACGCCUCCCACAGAUAAAACUGCAGACUUUCAACGGUGACAUCGACGAGUGGCUUAGUUUUCGGGACCUUUUCACUUCACUCAUCCAUUGGAAGUCGGACUUGCCCGAAGUUGAAAAGUUCCAUUACCUCAAGGGGUGUCUGCAAGGUGAACCAAAGAGCCUUAUUGACCCUUUGCAGAUCACUAAGGCAAAUUAUCCAAUUGCCUGGGAAAUGUUGUUAAAAAGGUACAACAACAGCAAGCUGCUGAGAAAGCGACAGGUGGAGUCGCUGUUCAAGUUGCCUAGCCUUUCGAAGGAGUCCGCAUCAGAGCUACACAUUCUUCUGGAGAGUUUUGAGAGGGCUGUCCAAACUCUCGAUCAAGCUGUACAACCUGGAGAUUACAAGGAUCUUCUUCUCAUUAGCCUUCUCACCGCGCGUCUGGACCCAGUGACUCGUAGGGGGUGGGAAGAGUGCUCGUCAAGCAAGGAAGUGGAUACACUGAAGGAUCUCACAGACUUUCUUCAUCGUCGAGUGCAGGUGUUGGAGUCGCUACCACCAAGGUCGGUGGACAACAGGGGCACCCAGCAGUCACAAGUGCCUUCGAAACAGAAACCACCUGUUGUGAAGACUAGCUACAGUACAGCACAAUCGUCUGGGGGACGUUGCGUGGCAUGCACGGCGAACCAUCUGCUGUAUCAGUGCGGUGCAUUCCAGCGGAUGUCGGUAUCAGAUCGGGAAGCACUACUUCGGACUCACUCUCUCUGUCGUAACUGCUUUAGGCAGGGCCACCAGGCGAAGGAUUGUCAGUCCAAAUUUUCCUGCCGAAAUUGUAAGGGUCGGCAUCACACGAUGGUUUGCUUCAAACGAGAGAAGGAAAAUAAUGCCAAGGGAGCAAAAAUUGCUAAUGGUGAGAACGCAUCUACAUCCAAGGAGCCUCAGGCACCUGAAUCUCUUCAAGUGGCCAAUGUAGCAGCUACCGAUGUGUCAGCAUCUAACACAGUUCAACAAUUUUCAUCGCAGGUGUUACUGGCCACCGCAGUAGUCGUUAUCGAGGAUGAUGACGGCAGACAUUUCCCCGCUCGUGCCCUGCUAGACUCGGGGUCGGAGAGCAAUUUUGUAACGGAGCGAUUGAGUCAAAGGUUGAAGGUUGGACGACAAAAGGUAGAAAUUUCGGUUCUCGGAAUCGGUCAGACCGCCACUAAGGUCAAGCAGCGGAUUUUAACCACGAUUCGGUCGCGCGUUUCUGACUUUUCACGAGAAAUGAGCUUUCUCGUAUUACCAAAGGUGACGGUAAAUCUACCGACAGCCACAAUCAACGCAGCAGGAUGGGCAAUUCCAAAUGGUAUUAAAUUGGCCGAUCCGUCAUUCUGUGUGUCCAAGGGUGUGGACAUGGUACUCGGCAUUGAAGCCUUUUUCGACUUCUUCGUAACUGGUCGGAAAAUAUUAUUUGGCGAGCAAAUGCCAGCGUUAAACAAGUCGGUAUUUGGGUGGGUGGUUUGCGGCGGCUUAUCAAACCCCACUCAGUCACUAAAGAUUAAUUGCAAUGUUUCCACGUCGGAUAGUUUGGAAGCGCUGGUGGAACGAUUCUGGGAUUGCGAGGGAAUCGAAUCAACGGUAAAUUAUUCACCUGAUGAGGCGCGCUGUGAGGCAUUGUUUGCCCAAACAGUUCAGCGUGGUGCAGAUGGGCGGUAUACUGUUUCUCUACCAAAGGACGAAGCAAUCCUUGCUCGGAUGGGCGAUUCAAGGGACAUCGCAUUCCGAAGGCUCUUAGGCACGGAGCGAAGGCUGGCAAGGGACGCUGGUCUACGGGAACAGUACGUUUCAUUCAUGGAGGAAUAUCAUCGGUUGGGACACAUGCGAAGGGUCGAGGCAACGGCGAGUGAUCCAGUUAGACGAUGUUACCUACCGCAUCAUCCUGUAGUUAAGGAGGCGAGCACUACUACGAGGGUUCGAGUAGUCUUUGACGCAUCCUGUAACACAUCGUCGGGCAUCUCGUUAAACGAUGUAUUGCUGGUGGGGCCAGUAAUCCAGGAGGAUCUACGGUCGAUUAUCUUGAGAUGCAGGACCAAUCAGAUAAUGCUCGUGGCCGACGUUGAAAAAAUGUUUCGACAGAUCUUGAUCAGCCCGGAGGAGAGACCAUUGCAAUGCAUCCUUUGGCGCUCGUCACCUACUGCGGAGGUAUCAACGUACGAGCUAAAUACGGUUACCUAUGGUACCAAACCAGCACCGUUCCUGGCAACUCGAACGCUGCAACAACUGGCGACAGAUGAAGAGUAUCGAUUUCCUUUGGCUGCAAGGGCAGUCAUCAAGGACACGUAUAUGGAUGAUGUGAUAACAGGUUCGAAUGAUGUGAAUGAGGCGAUGCAGCUAAGGAUUCAAUUAAACGAACUGCUGGAUAGUGGUGGAUUUCGGCUCAGGAAGUGGGCGUCGAACUCGAUGCAAGUAUUGGAAGGCAUUUCCAACGAUGAUUUGGCAAUUCGUGAUACCAAGGGAAUAAGUUUAGACCCAGAUCCCUCAGUGAAGACAUUGGGGCUCAUGUGGAUACCGAAUACUGAUGUUUUCAGGUUCCAGUUCAACAUUCCACCACCGGAUGAAACGGAUGCACUAUCAAAACGUCGGGUUUUAUCGAUAAUAGCUACACUAUUCGAUCCUUUGGGACUUAUAGGCGCCACCAUCACGACCGCCAAGCUGUUCAUGCAGCUUUUAUGGACUCUUAGAGACAACGAUGGAAAUCGUUUGGAUUGGGAUCAAUCGUUAUCACCGAUGGUGGGUGAGAGUUGGCGGAAAUUUCAUUUGCAAUUGCCGCUACUCGACGAUAUACGCAUCGAACGAAGUGUAAUUCUACCCGGUGCCGUAUCCUCAGAAAUACACUGCUUCUCGGAUGCCUCUGAGAAGGCAUACGGGGCUUGCCUUUAUAUUCGCAGCCAGGAUGUAGAGGGGAAGGUAGCGGUUCGACUGUUAACCUCUAAAUCAAAGGUUGCUCCAUUGAAAAGCCAGACAAUUCCGAGGUUGGAGUUGUGUGGAGCGCUUCUCGCAGCCCAGUUGUUCGAAAAGGUUCAGAAAUCCAUCGGAAUUAGAAUGCCUGCUUACUUCUGGACUGAUUCUACCUGCGUAUUGCGUUGGAUUAACGCGGUUCCGACGACGUGGAGCACGUUUAUUGCCAACAGGGUGGCAAAGAUCCAGAACUUAACGGAAGAAUGGGAGUGGCGUCAUGUUCCUGGCAAAAACAAUCCUGCAGAUUUAAUAUCCAGAGGAGUUUCUCCACAGGACAUUCUCAGUAACGCCUUCUGGUGGCAGGGCCCCACCUGGUUGGCAGAAUUUCGAGAACUGUGGCCUCAGUCUCAUGGCGAUGGUGACAGCGAGGAAGGGGACGAAGAAAGGCGUCGCACAGUAGUUUCAACAACAUGUUCUUCAGUAAAGGAAUUCAACGAUUGGUACAUCUGCAAGUUUUCAUCCUAUUCAGAUCUGGUUCGACGUACAGCUAUUUGGUUGCGACUCAUUAAACUACUACGCACUCAGAAAAAUCAGCCACCUGGUUUUAUUACUACUAUCGAGCUGCGGGAAGCAGAGGAAACCCUUGUUCGUCGUGUACAACUGGAAGGGUUUGCUAAUGAGUGGAAGGCUCUAACGAAUGGUAAGCCAGUAUCAGGUCAAUCGGCUUUACGUUGGUACAACCCUGGUAUCGCAGAAGAUCGUCUUAUUAGGCUUGGUGGACGACUAAAACAUUCACAGGAAUCGGAUGAUACCAAGCACCCUAUAGCUCUUCCAGCUCGUCAUCGCUUCACUCGGAUGCUACUACAACAUUACCACGAGCGAUUGCUUCAUGCUGGACCACAGCUACUUUUGAGUGUCGUAAGGCUUCGUUUCUGGCCUUUGCGUGGAAGAGAUAUGGCAAGACAUAUUGUGCACAAAUGCCAUAGAUGUUUUCGUGCGAAACCAACUCCGGUACAGCAGUUCAUGGGAGAAUUGCCAUCAGCUCGCGUGACAGUUUCUCGGCCAUUUUCGAAAACAGGUGUGGAUUAUUUCGGACCGGUGUACUUGAGACCAGUACCACGACGAGGAGCAGUGAAAGCAUAUGUCGCCAUAUUCAUCUGCCUUUGCACCAAAGCAGUACACAUCGAGUUGGUGUCGGACUUGUCCACAGAUCGGUUUAUGCAAGCACUUAGAAAGUUCGUGGCACGAAGGGGCAAGUGCACCGACAUAUACUCCGACAAUGGCACAAAUUUUGUCGGAGCUCGCAAUAGGAUCCAAGAAUUUUUCUCUCUUUUUAAAAACAAGCAGCAUUGCGAGCAGGUGUCAAGGUAUUGUGCGGAAGAAGGAAUACACUGGCACUUCAGUCCCCCAACUGCACCACAUUUCGGCGGGUUGUGGGAAGCCGCUGUCCGUUCAGCCAAGCAUCAUCUCUUAAGGGUCAUCGGUGACAGUCCAAUCACACCUGAGGAUAUGCACACCUUGCUGGUUCAAGUCGAGGGAUGCUUGAACUCGCGGCCAAUCACAGCUGUUUCCGAUGAUCCCAACGAUCUGGAGUCAUUAACUCCAGCUCACUUCCUGGUAGGAUCUUCGUUGCAGUCUAUCCCGGAGCCUAACUAUCAAAAUGUUCCAACAAAUCGUCUGAAACAAUGGCAACUGGUGCAAAGGAAGCUACAAGACUUCUGGACGAGGUGGCGGAGAGAAUACCUGUCCCAGCUACAAGGCAGAGUGAAACGUUGGCGUCCACCGGUACAAAUGGAAGUCGGAAGGUUGGUCAUUAUUCGGGACGAUAAUCAGCCUCCUUUCCGAUGGAAGAUGGGAAGAAUCGAAGUCGUUCAUCCGGGAGAAGACGGUGUCGUACGAGUGGUGACCCUGAAAACAGCCACUGGGUUGCUGACACGACCAGUUGAGAAACUGUGCAUCUUGCCUUUGCAGAAAGCUUCGAGGACAAUAAUUCUACUGAAGGAGAACCCCAGUGAUCACACUUCCCACAUCCUGUCCUUGUCGAAGAGGAGAGUCGCACCAUCCACCCUCCACUACAUCCCUGGAAUAAACAGUCCAUACAGUCCAUUACUCUCCAACACAUCCGAUCGGUACAAUAUCACGUCGUUUACGACCAUCAGUGAGAUCACCAGUGAGGUCAGCAGCGCAUCGUCGGUGGUAGUGCCAUCAGCAGUGAUAAGAGUGGUGGUUGCACUACGUUAUCAGCAUGUGGUGGUCCACGAUCGUCAUACACCAAUCCAGAGCGGGAGAUCGCCUGAUCGAGAGAGUGCCUGGGAAAACAUCGCAGAUCACACUGCAUUGCUUCGGGCUAGCCUAGUGGUGAACGUGCAGGACAGUGCCAUUUCAAUCUCCGGUGAAGACGGUCCAACGGACCCAUGUGAUAUUACUCCAGAUGUAUAA